GUGUAUACGUGUGUGGUCUAUGUGACGUAUUGUGUAUGUUGUGUAUGUCUUUUGUAAACUAGUUUGACAACUUGACCAAUGACCCAUGACAUCUGUCGCAUUGCGUGCAUUUUUCCCGCCCUAAAGUUUUCUUCGCUACCUCUGAACUUUCUAUCUGCCCAUUUCAUCGAUACCUUCCAUAUUGAAUACAUCGAUCAUCUCAAUCUGCCCUAUGAGCAUCAUGAACGGAGUCUAUCCCAGGUACCACAUACUAGAAGUGAUUUGAUGUAGAACCUCACCCCUCCUAACAAGAAACUAUGUUGUUGGGACGACGGAAGACUCUACGCAUCUGUUCGUACGGCGGUGUGCUGGUCACUAUCUUCCUCCUGUUCAGCGUUCUUCAAGUUCUGGUAUCACGUGACAAUGAAAGUAUCGGCAUUGUUACAGUUACCAAUACUCGUGUAUUUGCACACGACACAGAACUGACAAUUCUUGAUUACUCAGCAGCUGACGACAGAUUGGUCAACCAUGUACGGAAUACUCUGAUCCAACCAUACCAGGGCACUCCUGACAUGCAGUAUAACCUAACGAUGAUAAAACCGAAUUCAGAUUAUUCGAGAGGACAGAGCAAGAUAAUUGAUGAACAUCUUCAGAAAAAGUAUGUCGGAUAUUAUAUUGACGUGGGGGCCGGAGAUGGGGAGAGUAAUUCUGUGACCUUGUUUUUCGAAAAGGAGAGAAGUUAUAAUGGCCUUUUGAUAGAGCCAUAUCCGGGCCGCUACAUGACCCUGCUGACGAAAAACAGGAGGGCCAACACACUUCAGGCCUGUGUUAGGACAAACAAAACUGGCAGCCUGAAGGAGUACCUCGCCGUUAAACAAACAACGUCAUCCAUUGUUCCCUGUCUGUGGAUGGAGACCAUAGUGGCUGCCACUGGGAAGAACACCAUAGACGUGCUCAGCAUCAACGUACGAGAACAGGAACUGGAGAUACUCGGCGCCAUUCCUUUUGACAAACUCAACAUCAGUGUGGUUUCUAUUGAGUUUUCACAUAACAGCAGUGCUUAUUUAGAUGUCAUUAGAUUCAUGUCAAACAUUAACUAUGUGGCUAUUCAUCAAUUUGUUUAUCACCCAUUACACAAAGUCGACGUUGUUUUUGCGAAAAAAUCAAAAGUGAAAAAAUAAUAAAUGAUGAAAAAAAAAAAUGAUAUUAUAUAGCCUAUGAAACAAGUAUCAAUGAGAUUGCUGUAACUCCAUAUUGUUUGGCAUAUCUUUUAUCGAAUGUUAUGUGCAUUUUACUAUGUUUUGUAUGUAGCUGUUCAGUUGCUUCAUGACCAUUUCCUUAAAUUUUAUCAUUUAUUUUCGUUAAUCAAAAUGUCUUUUUCUUAGUGUUACAAUCGGAACAAUUUUUUUUAAGCUGAUCUGUCUCGGUUUCAUAUUAUCUCAAAAUCCCAUGUUUCUAGGAGCAGUUGUCACUGUUCGCGUAUUGUUGUAAGAGUAUUUUAUAAAGAGAUUCUACCUUCGGUUUAUACUU